AUGGCAACGUCACUGAACUUGUUGAGAAAAUCGAAUGGUCCCAUUCCGGCCGUUUUUAAUCACAAUGUACUCGGAAACAUACUAAAGUUUAACACGAACAAGCAUAAGAAUUUGGCUUAUAACAAUGUGAGUGAGCAGGUUGGAUCGCAGAUCGUGGGAGAACAUUUAGACAAAAGCAACGCCCAGUUAAAGUACUGCCCCUACUUGAAGCCGAUGGAGAUAAAGGGAAUCAAGAGGGCUGACCGGAAGUUCGACUACAACAGCAGCUACUCAUUUAUGCUGGCGCAGAAUAAUUUUUCAGCAAAUCCGCAAAACAGAAGCUUCCUCACCAACAUCUUGUACAACGGGAUGAAGAUACCCCUACCUCCUAAGAGGUACCAGAUGGCGCAAUAUGUGGACGUUAGGCUGGACGUGCUUUCCCCCUUCAUAAUUACCUGUGUCAUAUGCCUCCCAUUCUUCUUUACGGACUUCAUGUGGUCCGUACCGGAGAAAAGUUCCGCGCAUUAA